GAACCCUUAAAAGAUGUCAAGCUCAAUAUUAGGAAAAGUUUUUGAGUUGAGUUCUGAGCAUCACUGUCAGAUAAAAGCGAACGUAGAUGUGGAUCAACUCCAGAUGUCCUUCUUAACGAGGUUAACGAGGUCAACCAGGACAAUCAAGUUAAUCCGACACUCUGACAUUAAUGUCCUGUUGAGUUGUUGGGUUGUCAUGGUGACUGUGUGAAAAAUCGCAUACGUUUCACACGUGAUUGUGUGUAUGUAAACCAUUUGUGAUCAUAUGGGAAAAAGGAUUAUUCGCGUGAGAAAAUCACGUGUUAAGAUUAACAUGAAAAAUCGUGCGUGAAAAAUAAAAACACAUUUGUUAAAGCCUGGUGGUUUAUUUCUAUUUAUUCAUUCAUGCAUAUUCAUUUCUGUUUAUCUUUAUUGACUGUUUAUUAAUUAGUUUAUAUUAAUCACCUGAGUUGCUUUGACCGCAUUAAAACUUUGAGACAACAUUUUCCAGUUUUCAUAAACUACCGUCAUUGUCUCUUUCUUUCAAACAAACAAACACACACACACACACACACACACACACACACACAGAAACACACACACACACACACACACACACACACACACGUGCAGUAGGGAGUGAACUGGUAAAGAAUUAAGAAAGAGAUGGGAAGAUCAUUUCGUUAAAUUGUAAUUAACAUUUUUCAUGUUGUAAUAAACCUCUCUCUCUAUAUAUAAUUUUAAAGAGGUUUAACCAGAUGUAUGGAGAACAGAGGGUACAUCACACCACAUUUUAUUUCUCCUCUCACCUCUUAUCUCUCCAUUAUCCUCCACUCCAGGUGAGUUUAUCAUUCCUGCCUUCAGUCAAUGGGAAGAGAACAUGCUGUGGAAUGGUUCAGAUAGGCGGGGCCAAUGCCAAACAAAGAGAAACCCCCAGCAUUCAUCACAAUAUCUAGCCACGCCCACCCAAUUACAAUAUUGGAAAUACUGAUUACCAGUUAAAGCUUGCUAUGAGCUGGUCUCACUGCUCAGUCUCUCUCUCACACACACUCACACACACUCUCAGGACUUACUACGACAAAAUGGACCAGCUACUUCAAUUCAGCACACACUUUUCAGCAGUGUUUAAGCACUUCGAAAAUAUUCGGUGUCCUCAGGUGAACAUGGAGAACGUCAGCUGGCUGUACAGUACCUGGGGCAGGAGACGAGCUCUGGACUCCAUGGCUCUGCUCAUUAUGAUCUCUCUGUGUUUGCUCCUGAUCCUGUAUAUCACCACGCCAGAAAAAUAUAACAAAAUCACAUCACAGAAGAUGGUUAGUCAGGCACAGCCUCUGGUGAUGGCGACUCCUAGGUAUUUCCCGAUGUUGCUCACCGUUCCUAACAAGUGCACCAUUCCAAAGAGGUCAGGAGAACCCUUUUUACUGCUGACCAUCAAAAGUUCACCGGAGAACUACGAACGGCGUUCGGUCUUGCGCAAAACGUGGGCGGCGGAGAGGCUACAGAACGGGAUGUGGAUCCGCACCGUGUUCCUGACCGGCACCACCGGGACAGGCUUCAAGAAGCAGAGGUUAAACAAACUCCUGAAGCUGGAGAACACGAGGUACCAGGACAUCCUGCAGUGGGACUUCACGGAUUCCUUCUACAACCUCACGCUCAAGCAGGUCCUGUUCCUGGACUGGAUGCAGAACUGGUGUCCCACUGCGGAUUUCCUCUUUAACGGAGACGACGACGUUUUCGCCAACACGGACAACAUGGUGGAGUUCCUCAAAGAGCAGAGCGAUAACAACGGAAGCAAACACCUGUACAUCGGCCAGCUGGUCCUGACCAGCCCACCUGUUCGGAACAGAAACAGUAAAUAUUUCAUCCCGGAACUGAUCGAGAAAGCCAACGUGUACGCUCCGUACUGCAGCGGAGGCGGCUACCUGUACUCCCGCUUCACUGCCAGGACCAUUCUCCAAAUGUCCCAGUCCAUCACCCUGAUGCCCAUUGACGACGUUUACAUGGGCAUGUGUCUGCAACGAGCCGGACUCCGACCCAUGAACCACCGUGGAGUCUGGGCCGACGGCCUCAUUAUUCCUUCUGACAAACUGGACAUUUAUGAUCCCUGCUAUUACCGUGAGAUUAUCCUCGGCCACAAAUUCUUACCUCAUCAGAUUUUCCUUCUGUGGGAUGAAAUACAUCGGAAAGAUUUGAACUGCUCAAAGAAAGAAGUUAAUCUGUAACACUUUAUUUAUUGUACAUUUUGAUAUGCUGAGAGAGUUUCUUCUGAGCAGCACCGGUUGUUCAGGUUUGUGCAUCACUGAAAUAAUAUGAAGAGCUGGAAUCUUUAAAUGGUAAUAUACAGCAUGAAGAAUUUCACUUGUCCUGAUUUCCUUUUGUUUCCUCGCUGUACGUUGUCGGGUAACUGCCCCCUCGGACUGUAUAACUUUGUAUUAUUAUACCGUCUUAUGUUAUGGUUAUUAUACUGUCUUAGGUUAUGGAAUAUUUACGUUUACUGCAGCUGUGGGGAAAAGUUUUAUAAAGGAUUAUUAACCUAACAUGAUCUUCAUCUGAGUUAUAAUAAUAAAUAAAUACUCAUUUAUUUGCCAGAAAGAAGCAUUAGUCUUAUUUAACAAACAACACAUUCAACAUUUUGAGUAUUUUGAGUUAAGGAGAAUAAAGUCACUGUAGCCAGGUGAUAAACGACUGUCUGGAUUCUGGAUCCGUCUCGAUGAAUAAAUCAGAUCAAAUAUAGCUGUCACGCAAUUCAAAAAGAUGCAUACAGUGGAAUAAAUACUGUAUAAUGCCUGCAGGACCGGGGCUGAAGGAACAGAGCAACGCGUUUGUUUGUUUCUUUGUUUGUUUUUGACACCACGGCGUUGCUGAGUUCUGGAUUGAGAUUGGUCAGAAGGUGUUGAUUAAUUCUCUAUAACAGCAGCUCUGACAGUAGCGCAGCUGCAAAUCACAGGUUUAUUUAUAAUUAAUGCGUUCGUUUUAAUACGUUAUCGUUUCUAUAGUAACACCUCAUUCACAAGGACGUGUACGGCAGACGCUCCACUGAUAAUAAAUUGAUUCAUGUUUAUUAUGUUUAUGAAGCCUUAAUGGAAGGAGUCAGGACAGAGGAGUUUACGCCUGUUUGAGGUUUCUCAGCAACACAACAUUUUUAUUUAUUUAUUUUUGACUUAUUAACUUGAAGAGGGAGAAUAGAGAGAGGGAACAACUUUUUAUAGCUGCUAUAACGUAAGUGACAGCAGGAACUAUCUCGUUUCAUUCCUAUCUGAACCUUUAUAAAUGGAUAAAAAGUAUGAUAUGUUGUUUAAUAAAUAAAAAAUUGUACAGUUGCAAUCA